GCAAUCGUAAACAUAGACCUGUCAAACAACACAAACGCCAUCUUGACAGCACCCUCAAAAUGGCAGAAAGAUGUGAGCUGGAAACCGAGUUACAACUAAGAUUUCUGCUCUCUGCUAUUUAAAAACAGACACAAUAGUUUUUCUAUAAACGAGUGGUUAUGGGGUUGGUGUCCAGGGCGGCAGCUCAGAGCCUGUAAAAUGGACAUAACGACGGCGGUUUUCAACGCGGCCAGAGAUGGUAAGCUGAAACUUAUUCAGAAGUUGCUGAGCAACAAAACUCCUGAGGAGCUAGAGGCUUUAGCCGAGGAGAAAACACAGGGAGGCACUCCUCUGUUGAUAGCCUCUCGAUACGGACAUUUAGAGGUUGUAGAUUACCUCCUUGAACAUUGUAAAGCAAAUGUUGAACUCGGGGGAGCGGUUAACUUUGAUGGCGAGACCAUCGAGGGAGCUCCGCCGCUGUGGGCGGCGUCGGCGGCCGGUCACCUGCCUGUGGUGAAGACGCUUCUAAAACACGGUGCCUCAGUCAACAACGCAACACUAACUAACUCUACGCCGCUCCGAGCUGCCUGCUUCGACGGCCACCUGGAGAUCGUCCGCUACCUAGUGGAGCACAGAGCCGACAUGGAGGUAGCCAACCGCCACGGCCACACCUGCCUCAUGAUCUCUUGUUACAAAGGCCACAAGGAGAUAGCCAAGUUCCUCCUGGACCGCGGUGCUGAUGUCAACCGCAAGAGCGUGAAAGGAAACACCGCCCUCCACGACUGUGCCGAGUCAGGCAGUCUGGACAUCAUGAAGAUGCUGCUCAAGUGUAACGCUCGCAUGGAGAGAGAUGGAUACGGAAUGACCCCACUCCUUGCUGCGAGUGUAACGGGUCACACCAACAUCGUAGAAUACCUCGCCCACCAACCUCGCACCUCCAGAGAGGAGCGCAUUGAUGCACUUGAGCUCCUUGGGGCUACUUUUGUGGACAAAAAGCGCGAUCUCUUAGGGGCAAUGAGGUACUGGAGAAGGGCCAUGGAGCUGAGGCAACCGGGGGACAAAACCGGGUCCCUGACCAAGCCUCCGCCUGGUCCUCCUAUCCCCGCCUAUGGCUGUGCGCAGGAGGUGAAUACUGCAGAGGAACUCGAAUCUUUGAUCACAGACCCAGAUGAAAUGAGGAUGCAGGCCUUGUUGGUUCGAGAGCGCAUCCUUGGCCCAUCCCACCCAGACACCUCUUAUUACAUCCGUUACAGGGGAGCUGUUUAUGCUGACUCAGGCAACUUUGAACGCUGCAUCAGCCUGUGGAAAUAUGCUUUGGACAUGCAACAGAGCAACCUGGACCCUCUCAGUCCUAUGACAGCCUCCAGUUUUCUGUCUUUUGCAGAGUUGUUCUCUUUUGUCCUCCAAGACCGGGCCAAAGGCAGCCUGUCAACGCGCAUCACCUUCCACGAUCUGAUGACUGUGCUGGGGAAAAGUGUGAGGGAGGUAGAGAGAGCUGUGGCGCAGAGGGACAAUUUACCAGAAGCUCCUCAGUUCACCAAAGCCCUUUCCAUCAUCCUGCAUCUCAUCUUCCUUCUGGAGAAGCUGGAGUGUAGCCCAGAGCAGGAACAUCAGAAGAAGCACACAGUGUACCGUCUGCUAAAGCUGAACCCUCGUGGUCGCAGUGGUUUCACCCCUCUUCACAUGGCUGUAGACAAGGAAACCACGUCUGUGGGCCGCUACCCUGUGGGCCGCUUCCCCUCCCAGGCAGUGGCAGCAGUGCUCCUGGAGUGUGGUGCGGACGUUGAUUCACGUGACUGCGAGAACAACACGCCAUUGCACAUUGCUGCUAACAAUGGCUGUCCAGAGAUUAUGGCACUGCUUAUUAAGGCCGGGGCUCACUUUGACGCUAAAAAUGCACAGAGGAAGACAGCCUACGAGCUACUGGAUGAGCAGAGCAGCGGGCACCCGGCCCUCUACCCGCUGAACUACGUCACCCUUCAGUGCCUGGCGGCGCGUGCAAUUGAAAAGCACAGACUGCCCUACAGGGGACUCAUCUCCGAGGAGAUGGAGGCUUUCAUUGAGCUGCACUGACUUCCACUACUGUUCCCCGAUGAGGCACCCCUGCACUACUCUUCCUGUUGUCCCCCAGACCUUACUAUGACCUGCCACAACCUUCCUUCUCAGCACAAAUUCUCCUUGAUCUUUGUCUCCUUUUGACUUCUGCUUCGCUUCUUACCCUACAGACCAUAGCAAUAAACUUUCAGCAUCGGGGCUUUAAUCUCUGACUGAGAUCUGGUCAGUUUAUUCUAACGUCAACUCACACCGACUUCAACAGUGAUUGUUGGUUUCUACUGCUGUUUAAAUCUGGGUGAAACUUCAACUUGACAUAGGCUUUAAUGCAUUUCCCCCCUUUUUGUCCCAGUUAAAAGGAGACUUGUGGCAUGAUGGUGCUUGUGUGUGUUGGGUGGUGGCUAGAGUGUAUGAAAGAUGGAUUUUAGUAUUACUGAUAAGAAACAUCUGAAAGCCAGAUUAUGCAUGAAAAUGAAGAGUGAAUAUGGUAGCUCACUUGUUGCUUUGCAGGUUCAUUCAGACAGGAUGUGUUUGAACAAACUCAACCACCCAAACUUUGCUUGCUGGCAGUUUCUGCUUGGUUCUGCUUGUUCACACAUAGCAUCUGCUAUGUUUCUUUGAUAUGGGAAGGUGUUGAAUUUACUGUGCCAAAUGUCAGAUAUGGAGCUGUGUUACAGGCUGCAAAAUGAGAAGUGACUAACUUGUCUUUUUAAAUAUAAGCAGAAGUAAUAACUGAGAGGUGAGACAUGAGAUUCAUGAAGCUCCCAGUUCCAGACACUAUGUGAUGUUUCAGACUGUGACAUGAUUUGACCCCCUGCAGAGCCACCAUUUUGAAAAACUUUUAUGAGACUGAGGAUGAGUGGUAUCCCUCUGUCUAAGUAAAAAGAGACAGUUCCAUUGUUUGACUCACAUUCUCCAUACUGAUGUUUAUAAUCUAUGCAGUUUGGGAUAUUCCAGUCAGAGGUUUUUCAAGGAAAAAUUCACCACAUAAAGACAUUUUACAUGGGUUUAUUCUCAAUUUUGCGUGCUUAUCUUAAACAGCUCAAUCCUUGUGCUGCUUCACUGACAAUGAAUUUGCAUCUUCUGAAUGUUUUGUUAGAUUUAACAAUUUCCGCCUAUGUCCGAAUGAACAAAUUUCUAACUAAAGCCUCAAUUGUGCCUACAUCCCUCUACUUAUGGGUAACGUCAACAUCAACAAAGAUAUAUAAUUCACUAUCAGAGAAGCAGUAUCAGAAACAGGACAUUUUGUGAUGAUACCAACAGAGCUUAGGCCUUCUUGUUUGUAUCCAUUAUGAAAGUGUCCAAGAUCAUGUGUCAGUGCAGUUUUGGAGUCAGUUUUCCCUUUAACCUCGGAUGCAGUUCACAGAAAUGGAACAGAUGGCUCCCUUAGUCUUAUUUUUAUUAGUCUCUCUUUUGUUUAUCUUGUGUCAUCAUGAAUGUUUUAUGUGUCUGUCUGUGCUAAGCACCACCAAGUUGAAUGCACACUGAGAGGCUCUAAAUCCUAAAUAGACAACUUGCAUUCAGGCUAUGAACAGUCGCUGCCUUUCUCUUUCUCAAUGGAUUCGUUUAACUGAUGAUAACUCGAGAACAAAAGUGUGUUGGAGAUACUUGAAUAAAAUUCAGUGUCGCAACAUAAUCUGUGUGCGCCUGUGUGUGGGUGA